GUAUCCCAUCAUUCCCAGGGCGCGGUGGUGCCGCCAGCCCAGUAGGACCUGCUCGCUCGUUGACUCAGCCUCACUCACACAUCGAAAGCGAGCAAAGAUGGCGGAUGUUGACUCCUGGGACGCGGACUAUUUCGAGCCGGAGGAGCCGAUCAACAAGGCGGCCGCGAUAGAUCGGUGGGAAGGCGAAGACGAGGAGGAAGAUGUGAAGGACAAUUGGGAUGACGAUGAGGAGGAGGAGGAAGAGGGGAAAAAGGUUGAGGAGAAAAAAACAGAAGUAAAAGUUUCAGAGAAGAAAAAAUUAAUUGAAAAGAUUAAAGAGAAAGAGAGUCGACUAAAGAAGAAGCAGGAAGAAAUUAAACAGAGGUUAGAGGAACCAGAACAGCCUGCAGAGCUGACGCCAGAAGAACAGUUAGCAGAGAAACUUCGCGUGAAAAAGAUGCAGGAGGAGUCGGACCUUGAACUAGCAAAAGAAGCAUUUGGUGUAAAUAAUGUAACAGGAAUUGAUGCCAUGAAUCCAUCUUCGAAAGAAGAAUUUACUGAAUUUGAGAAGUUGCUAAAAGACAAAAUAUCUCAGUAUGAGAAGUCAGUGCAUUUUUCCAGCUUUUUGGAAUCAUUGUUCCGUGAUCUAUGUAUUUCAUUGGAUGUGGAUGACUUGAAAAAAAUCAGCAACUCACUGACAGUUCUAUUAAGUGAAAAACAGAAACAAGAAAAGCAAAAUAAGGGGAAGAAAAAGAAGAAAGGUGUAGUCCCAGGAGGGGGUCUGAAGGCCAAGAUGAAAGAUGACCUGGCAGACUACGGGGAAUAUGAUGGAGGCUAUGCACAAGACUUCGAAGACUUCAUGUGACAAAGGCCUAUACCAGCAACCUUGCUCUGCUCUCCACAGUCCCUUAAACAUGCAGCACAACUUCCUCAUUUUGUCCAUUCUUAAAGAUGUGGUAUCCUUGUUUGUGCUCAGUCUUUGAAGGUUAUAAAGGCUUUACAAAGAGCAUGACCUCCAUGUGGUUUUGUCUCUCAGUUUAAAUAGCUGGCUGUGACCUGAUUCGAUUCGUCCUGCUCCUCAAAAUAACCAAACACGCUCAGUUUUCAAUGGAGAAAAUGACUGAACUGGAGUUAGAAAUGCUUGCAGUAAUUGGAUUAUGUGUAUUAAAGAGGAAAAACAUCAACGUCCAAAAACUUGACAAGACAAUUUUAACUUUUUUUUUAAAAGGUAAUAAGACCUGUGAUGAAAUGAAUGAAUAGUAUUACUGUUUGAUAACUCUUGCAUUGACAUGAAAAUAAAUCCGAUCUUCUAUGCAAAUAAAAAAGAGUAUUUUACUUUUCAUGUGGACAGCAUUUGCAGAUCUGCAGAAAAGGAUACUGCAUCUUUAUAAUAGUUUGGAUUGCCAAAUAUUACUGUUUAUGUUAAUGCUUUUGAAGGUGGUUCGGCAGAGCUGCAUAAGCAGGAACUAAAUGGCAGUCCUAUGGUAGGAUUUAAUUAAACAGUAGCACUUAAAGCUGACUGUAAAAAUACAAUGUAUGGACUACACUGACAAAAGAAAUGGGAAAGUUAUCCUAUGUGACCAUGGUCCUCUUGAAAUGUUAAAAUAUUAUGGAGUGUUCCCUGUAUAGGGUGCAGUGUUUAAAACAAUUGCUUUAUAAGUGCAAGUGCAUAAUUUGGUGAAGAUCAGCUCAAUAUUUUUGUGCAUAAAGAGUUUAGUUUGUAUUCAUAUUCUGUUUACUACUAAUGCAAGUACAAGGGUUUGCAGUUUUCCCUCAUUGCUGGUAUCUUCGACAGCUUCUGCAGCCUUGUUCUAAGUAUGGUUGGGAAUUUGGCGUAUUUAAAAGAAUGGACCCGGGGCCUUUGUAUGGGCUGUAAUUAACAAAAUAUUGUAGGCCUUUUUUUCUAACAAUUUAAGAAAUUUGCUUAGCGUAAAGUGUUACAAACAUUGGACAUCAGAAAUGCAAAUUGCAGCAUCUGCAGUGUUUUAUAGAGCAUCUAAUUUAAUAAAAUCACUGUUCUGAAA